AGUCCAUGAAGAGUCCUCCUGCUGGUGUCAAGCUUGUAAUGGAAGCCAUAUGCAUCCUUAAAGGUAUCAAGGCAGAUAGGAUUCCUGAUCCAACAGGUUCCGGAAGAAAAAUUGAGGAUUUCUGGGGUCCAGCUAAGAGACUUCUGGGUGACAUAAGAUUUCUUCAGUCCCUUCAUGAAUACGACAAGGAUAACAUUCCCCCGGCUUACAUGGCUAUCAUAAGAAAACAGUAUCUUACAAAUCCUGAGUUUGUACCAGACAAGAUUCGAAAUGCUUCCACAGCAGCAGAGGGUCUAUGCAAAUGGGUCAUAGCCAUGGAUGUUUAUGAUAAAGUGAUAAAAAAUGUUGCGCCCAAAAAGCUGAAGUUGAAUGAAGCUGAAGGAGAAUUGAAGAUUGCUAUGGAUGGUCUAAGAAAGAAACAAGCUGACCUGAAAGAAGUCUAGGAUAAAUUGGCUGUACUCCAGCAGAUGCUGGAAUCCAAGAAACAGGAGAAGGCUGACUUAGAAAAUCAGGUUGAACUAUGCUGCAAAAAAAUGCAGCAAGCAGAGCAGUUGAUUGGAGGCCUCGGUGGUGAAAAAACUCAUUGGAAUGAGACCGCUUUGGAGCUGGCAAGGCAGUACAUCAGUUUGACUGGAGAUAUACUUAUUUCGUCAGGAAUCGUAGCUUACCUAGGAGCAUUUACAUCCAGCUACAGAAAAG